CAUGACAAGCGAUACCAUGAGCAACCCUGAAAGAUUAGCAAAUAUCGCGGUAAUAAUAGAACAAUAAAAGUAACAGGAAGGAAAGAGGAAAAGAAAAGGAAUAAAUAAUAACAACAAGAGUAAAAAUAAACAGUAUAUAGCCCUGCAUCAUCAGUGUAGUUGAUAGCUACGCUGAUAAAAUGUCCACCGGCCCACGCACUACAAUCCUACCCCAGUCAAAGGAAGCGUUACUUAAGUCGUAUAAUGCGCGUCUUAAAGAAGAUGUGCGUAGCAUGUUGGAAAACUUCGAAGAAAUCCUCAAGUUGGCACGGAGAGAGAGUCACAUACAAAUUUCAAAGAUAACACAAUGCGAACAGGAUGCACUGGAGAUGCAAGUGCGAGCGGCAAAUAUGGUGCGGGCCGGUGAAUCGCUGAUGAAGCUCGUUGCCGAUCUCAAACAGUAUCUCAUACUGAAUGACUUUCAUUCGGUGAAUGAGGCAAUUACGAACAACUCACAGCUGUUUCGGACCACACAAAUUGAGUGCGAUAAAAAGCUGAUGAAGCUGCGCGAUGAGAUGGCCAUGGAUCUAUACGAUUUGGAGGAGGAGUACUACACUAGCAUAUUUAAGUAGAUUUCAAUUAACUAUUCAAUUGUACAUGUAGGGUGUGUAAUUUGUAUGUGUAUGUAUAUAUAAGUCGAUAGUAUGAUUAUGGAA